UUUUUCUUUUCCCUUUUUCUAAACCAAACUCUUUUGAAACAAUGUCUGCCAAAGCCAUUAGAGAAUAUGAUGGCAAGUUGCUCUUAGCUUAUCACCUAUUGCGUGUACCCGUACCCAAUGAUACUCCAUCUCUCUUUACUCCUGCCGCAACCAAGUUGGCUCAUAUCAACGUUAAUACUUCUCUCUUGAAUGGCCCUGCUGGUGCAUUUGAUGCUGCUUUGAAGCAACAAUUAGAUAACCUUGAACAAAGUCAUCCUUGGUUAUUAACUGACAAGUUGGUCGCUAAGCCAGAUCAAUUGAUCAAGAGAAGAGGAAAGCAUGGUCUCUUGACCUUGAACAAGGACUGGUCUGAAGCCCGCAAGUGGAUCGAAGAGCGUGCUGGAAAGGAAAUUAAGAUUGAAAGAACGACGGGCGUCUUGAAGACCUUCUUGGUCGAACCAUUUGCUCCGCACCCGGCAAACACCGAAUAUUAUAUCUGUAUUAACUCCGUUCGUGAAGGUGAUUACAUUCUCUUCACUCAUGAAGGUGGUAUUGACAUUGGUGAUGUCGACGCAAAGGCUCUUAAGCUCUUGAUUCCUGUCAACACCGAGUUCCCUUCUGCUCAAACCAUCAAGGACACUUUGCUCAAGGAUGUCCCAGAGUUCAAGCACGAUGUUUUGGUUGACUUUAUCAGUCGUCUCUAUGCUGUCUAUGUCGAACUUCAUUUUACCUAUCUUGAAAUUAACCCCUUGGUCGUUACAGAUCCUGUGGAAGGACAAACCCCUCAAGUUAUGUAUCUCGAUUUAGCUGCUAAAUUAGAUCAAACUGCAGAAUUCGAAGCUGGUCCCAAAUGGGCCAUCGCACGUGCCCCUCAAAAUAUUGGUCUUGUUGCCGAUCAACAACACGUCGACCAAGGUCCUCCUAUGGAAUUCCCUGCUCCCUUUGGUCGUGAACUCACUCGCGAAGAAGCUUAUAUUCAAGAGCUUGAUGGUAAGACUGGUGCUUCACUCAAGUUGACCGUCUUGAAUCGUGAAGGUCGUGUGUGGACUAUGGUUGCCGGUGGUGGUGCUUCCGUUGUCUACUCGGAUGCUAUUGCAGCACUUGGUUAUGCUCACGAAUUAGCCAACUAUGGUGAAUACUCUGGUGCUCCUACCGAAACUCAAACGUAUGAAUAUGCAAAGACCAUCCUUGACUUGAUGACUCGUGGUAAUGCUAAUCCUCAAGGCAAGGUCUUGUUCAUUGGUGGUGGUAUCGCCAACUUUACCAAUGUUGCUACUACCUUCAAGGGUAUCAUCCGUGCCUUGACUGAAUUCAAGCAGGCCUUGAUCAAUCACAAAGUGCGCAUCUUCAUCCGUCGUGGCGGUCCCAACUAUCAAGAAGGUUUGCGUGCUAUGCGCCAAUUGGGUGAAACUUUAGGUGUCGAAAUCCAAGUCUUUGGUCCUGAAACUCACAUUACUGAUAUUGUGCCCUUGGCUUUGGAAGGCAAGAGUAACGAUGUUGCUACUCAACAACAACAAUCUGGUUCCUCUGGUAACUUGUUCCAAGAUCAAAUCUUUGGUACUCCAUCCGGUGCCAACACACCCAAGUUGACCAUCGCCGAAGACAACAACUCACCUACAAAUCCUAAUGACCGCAUGACCUACUUUGCUACUGAAGCUGACGAAUCCGCCGAAUGGUAUCGUCCCUUCACCUCCAAGACCCGUGCUUUAGUCUACGGUAUGCAACCUCGUGCUGUCCAAGGUAUGCUUGACUUUGACUUUAUGUGUAAGCGUGAAACUCCUUCUGUGGCUGCCAUGGUCUAUCCCUUUGGCGGUUCUCAUGUUCAAAAGUUCUACUGGGGUACCAAGGAAACCUUGAUUCCUGUCUUCACUUCCUUGAAGGACGCUGUUGAAAAGUUCCCUGAAGUCGAUGUUGUCGUCAACUUUGCCUCUUGCCGUUCCGUCUUUGAUUCCACUCGUGAAAUCUUUACUUACUCUAAUCAAAUCAAAACGGUUGCCAUCAUUGCUGAAGGUGUCCCCGAAAGACGCGCUCGUCAAUUGUUGCAUGAAGCCGAAGCACGCAAGGUCUUGGUGAUUGGUCCUGCUACCGUUGGUGGUAUCAAGCCUGGAUGCUUCAAGAUUGGUAACACAGGUGGUAUGAUGGAUAAUAUUGUCGCCUCUAAGCUUUACAGAUCUGGUUCUGUUGGCUAUGUUUCCAAGUCUGGUGGUAUGUCCAACGAAUUGAACAACAUCAUCUCUCGUACAACCGACGGUGUCUACGAAGGUGUUGCUAUUGGUGGUGACCGUUAUCCUGGCUCCACUUUCAUCGACCACUUGCUCCGUUAUGAGGCCGACCCCAACUGUAAGAUGCUUGUCUUGCUCGGUGAAGUAGGUGGCGUUGAAGAAUACAGAGUGAUCGAAGCUGUCAAGAGCGGACAGAUCAAGAAGCCUAUUGUUGCCUGGUGUAUUGGUACAUGUGCCAAGAUGUUUACAACGGAUGUUCAAUUUGGUCAUGCUGGUGCUAUGGCUAACUCUGAUUUGGAAACUGCUGAUGCCAAGAACAAGGCUAUGCGUGCCGCCGGUAUCAUUGUUCCCGAAACAUUUGAAAAGAUGCCCUUGGCUCUCGCUGAAGCUUACAAUAAGCUGGUCAAGGACGGUGUCAUCAUUCCUCGUCCUGAGCCUGAAAUCCCCAAGAUUCCUAUUGAUUACUCUUGGGCUCAAGAAUUAGGUCUCGUUCGUAAGCCUGCUAGCUUCGUAUCUACCAUUGUUGAUGACAGAGGACAGGAAUUGUUGUAUGCUGGUAUGCGUAUCACUGAUGUCUUUAAGGAAGAUAUUGGUAUCGGUGGUGUUCUUUCCCUUUUGUGGUUCAAGCGUCGCUUACCAGACUAUGCUUGUAAAUUUAUCGAAAUGGUCUUGAUGCUCACUGCUGAUCACGGGCCUGCCGUCUCUGGUGCUAUGAACACCAUUAUCACCACCCGUGCUGGCAAAGACUUGAUCUCAUCUCUUGUGUCUGGUCUUCUUACUAUUGGUGAAAGAUUUGGUGGUGCACUUGAUGGAGCUGCUACCAACUUCACCAAAGCUUAUGACAGUGGAAUGACUCCUCGUGAAUUUGUCACUUCCAUGCGUAAGGCCAACAAGUUGAUUCCUGGUAUUGGCCACAAGAUCAAGUCUCGUACCAACCCUGAUAUGCGUGUUGAAUUAGUCAAGGACUACGUCAAGAAGCACUUCCCUCGUACACCCAUCUUGGACUAUGCAUUAAAGGUAGAAGAAAUCACAACAAGCAAGAAAGACAACUUGAUCUUGAACGUGGAUGGUUGUAUUGCCGUUUCCUUUGUUGAUCUCUUGCGUGAAUCAGGAGCCUUUAAUCAAGAUGAAGCCGAAGAAUACAUGCGUAUUGGUACAUUAAAUGGUUUGUUUGUCCUUGGUAGAUCACUUGGUUUCAUCGGUCACCACUUGGAUCAAAAGAGAUUGAAGCAAGGAUUAUACAGACAUCCUUGGGAUGAUAUUUCUUAUCUUUUACCUUCACUGGAUCCAGAAACAUUAGAUCCCAGACGUGUCAAUACUCGUGUUAAUGUUCAACCCAAACAAGCUUAAAAAAAUACAUAGUAAUACCUUUCAUUCAAUUUUGCAGUUUGCAGACGUAAAUAUAAUAUUCAUUUUAAUAAUAAAGUGCUCAUGGCAUUAAUCCAUUAUCAGCGUGAUUCUUAACUCAAUUCGUGCCUUUUAGUGAUGAUCUUGUUUAAUAUUGUAUCUUUUUGUUUCCCUCACAAUUAUUUCGAGGUGUAUAAAGAUAAAAAAGAGCGAAAGAGUUUUAUGUAAAGAUGGCUCAUUAUUAUGCAAUAAGCAGCCUUGUAAUAUCCACG